GAAAUAUCAAGUUUAAAAUACUAUAUAAAUAGUUUAAUAAUAUCAGAAGUAAUAAUUAUUUUUCCAUUUUAAUAGAAAAUUAUAUUUUAUAAUAUAUAUAUUUUUUAGAUCAUAAUUACAUCUGGAAUGAAAUAUUAAUUCAUUUUUGUGUGUUUACUGGUUAUGUUUUGUAACUUAUUAUAGCUUAUUAGAUUUUUUCUUAUGCUAUUUUAAAAUGAGAAAUUGCACCGUACACACAAGACAUAUACGCUAAUUAGGUAAAUGCACUAUUUACAUUAUCGAGGAUGUCAGGAGGUGUUAGUUUUACAUUUCUAACCUUGCUCACUUCAUACUCACAUCAACCGGUUACCUACUGUUCUUGUAAUAUAAUUUACUUCUUUAAUUAUUUAUUUUUUAUUACCCAAUCCAACACGUUACCUUUUUUGUGUCAGGCACGUAGAUUUUUUUCAGUUAUCGAAACUCGGUUAUUGGCUUCGUAGUUGUGCAUAUCAAAAGUCUCUCACGUCAUCCCCUUUUAUAUUAAGUUCUGUUGAUCCAUUGUUCUACUUCAAUUCAACCAUUCUAAAUUAGAUCUCAAUUUUACACUUCAAUUCAAAAAUAAAUUCAGAUGGAUGGAAGCGAUGAACCUCCCUCUCCGCCCCCGUUUCCUCCUAGAAUGUUUGCGCUAGGCGAUGAACCUGUCGGCGUUACUCCUUACCACAAACCUACAUGCAUUCGGAAAAUUCUCAACGCCCUCGAACCAGAUGAAGCUCAGACUAUCAGGGAGACCCAGUUCGGAAAGCUUGUCGAAAUUGCAGACAAACCCUCGUUUUCUGGCCGGUUUGGUCGGUUCCUGUUAUCCCGACAAUUGAAGGUGGCGAAGAAGCACGAAGUUCGGUUUCUAUUUGCUGGCAAACCGGUUAGAUUCUCACAAUUGAAGGUGACGGACCGACAAUACAGGUGGAGAAGACAUGAUUCCAGUUACCGACAAUCGUGAGGCUGAAGAAAUCCGUGAGGGUGAUGGGACCGACAAUACAGGUGGAGAAGACAUGGAAAGACAUCCUCGUUAGUUUCAGAAUCGUCCAAAUUUAUAUUUGGAUUUUGAAAUACUAAUAUUAGCAACAAUACACUCCACACUACCUACAUUGCUACGACUGUACUUAGCUUCUAUUCAUAAAGAUUGCAGACACCAUGUUUUGUUUGGACAGUCAAUGAUGUUUGUGUCCCUUUUUGUACUGAUUUAUCUAUAUAUAAUAACGAAUCCUUGUUCUCCCUUA